AUGCUCAACAUGAAGCUCAAGGAUCGCCUGGCGCUCGCAUUGAGCGCCUUCCUCGUCCUCUUCACGCUAAUGCUCGUGGUCGACAUACAAAUGGACUAUGGCAUCUCCGGACAUAGAGUACCGCUGCACGGGCGCGUGAAAAUUGGUGACGAUAUCGAUAAGGGCAGGUCCGCGUACAUCGAAUUUAGGAAACGAUUCCUGCAAAAAAGCAAUGGUAGCAACAGCUCCAGGGAGCUCGAGCAGUCAGCACCUAGUGAGACAAGCGGCGGGGGGGAAGCCGAGCCCCGCACGCCUGCAGCUCCGGCCGACCGAUACGAAGACUUGUUAAGGAUACUCAACGCUCAGCUUCAAGGUCGCUCCGAAGACAACCCUGUUAUAAUUCCACCGCAUCGCGACUUAAACGUGUUGAGACCUGAAAAUCCUACGAUUGGGGAGAUGGAAGACUUGGAGCCAAGCGUGAACGCGUCAAACUUGGAGAAGUUCCAACUGAAGAUUGCUCAGCACGAAUUGUAUGAGGAUGGUGAACCAUUGAUUGAGGCUGUUCUGAAGGACAUGGCGACCCUCCCUAUAAUACACGCGGAACAAAAAGAAGGGGGAACCCAGUUGAAGUUAAUAAUCGAUUACCCUAAUGGUAUUCAAGCGCUCUUCAAACCCAUGAGAUUCGCGCGGGAUGUGCAGACUUUGCCGAACCAUUUCUACUUUUCGGAUUACGAGAGGCAUAAUGCAGAAAUUGCAGCGUUCCACUUGGACAGGAUAUUAGGGUUCCGACGAGCUAUGCCCGUCGUAGGCCGCGUGCUAAAUAUGACAACAGAGAUCUACGACGUCACAGAAGGCGACAUAUUACGUACGUUCUUCGUGUCCCCAGCAAAUAACUUCUGUUUCCACGGGAAGUGUUCUUAUUACUGCGACACGGGACAUGCGAUUUGUGGCAAUCCUGACAUGCUAGAGGGCAGUUUCGCUGCGUUUUUACCAGCAUCGGAGUUGGCCGAACGCAAGGUUUGGAGACAUCCCUGGAGAAGAUCUUAUCACAAACGGCGAAAAGCUCAAUGGGAGUUGCAAUCUGAUUAUUGUGACACGGUGCGCACUACACCGCCUUACGAUUCAGGUCGUCGUUUACUAGAUUUAAUGGACAUGUCAAUCUUCGAUUUUCUCACUGGCAACAUGGACCGACAUCACUAUGAAACCUUCAAAAUGUUCGGUAACGAAUCCUUCACGCUGCACCUGGAUCAAGGGCGCGCGUUCGGCAAGGCGUUCCAUGACGAGCUCAGCAUCCUGGCGCCGCUGCUGCAGUGCUGCCUCGUGCGCCACACCACCCUCACCAAGCUGCUUAAGUACCACAACGGCGUGCCGCUUUCAAAAGUUCUACGAGAAUCUAUGAAAGCGGAUCCAGUGUCUCCUAUUUUAUGGGAGCCGCAUCUCGCCGCUGUAGACCGGCGGAUUGGAUUAGUACUAGAUGCAGUCAGAAAAUGCGUAGAAAAAGCCGAGAACCCUUUACAAAAUGAAGUGAACGACUUUGUAUGA